ACGAAUCGUACGAAAGAAUAAAUAGUCGAAGACUCCAAAAGCGAUUAGAACCCAAAAUCAUGGGCCGCAAGAGAGAGAGAAGCCACUUCAAUCGCCACGCACCGUACUCCUUCCCCAAGCGCCGCCGUCCAACACCGAUCACCGACGAUCCAUUGCCGGUGCCGGAAGACAACUCAUCGACCAACAAGCAACAGCCGGCUACUGUGGUGGUUAUUGGUGUUCCUUCUGAAUGCUCUGUGCUCGACAUUAAAUCUCGUUUUGAGAUUUACGGAUCCAUCUCUCGAACUCGUAUGGACCCUAAUGGUCUUGCUCAUAUCACUUACCGUUCUAAUGAUUUUGCUCAAUCUGCUGUUGAAGCUGCCGAAGAUUCAUCUUUUCCCAUUACUCUCCACUCCAAGCCUGUUCAGGUAAUAUGGGCAACUGACCAUGCAUCGCAGUGGAAAGAAGGUGUGAUGAGAAAGGAUGAACUAUCCACAUCAACGGUUGCAUCAAAGCUAGUUAAAGCAGAAGUGCCACUAAGUAGGCACGGAAGAAGUAAUCGACUGGGAUCAGCAAUUGUGAACCCCAGAGAUGAGGAUAAUGAUAAUGCUGGCGGUAAUGUUCGUGCACAUGUUAGUACAAGGCUGGUUGAGCCUUACAAGGGUAGGGAAAUCGUUGCCUAUGAUGAUAUUUUGAUUAGUUGGCAUACUGCGUGGAAGAAGUUUGCUGCGUUGAUGAGUUUUCACAUUACAUUUUUAGGCUUCUCCUACACAAAGGGGUUUCUUGUAGUUUGGUGUAGGCCUCCUCACCCUGCUUCUUGCUUUGUCGCUAAUUUGUCAACUUUACGUGCAUUUGAAGCUGUUUCCCUUCUUUCUGAUCCUGCAUCUUUCUUUGUACUAAUAGCAUCCACAUCCAGUCCACAAACAGCUCUCAGUGAUUUUACAUUCUCCUGCAAAGUGGAAAUAUACUGUAGCAUGACAUCAUCCAGCACGAGAAUUAACUCAUCCACCUCAGAGCCACCAGUAAAGUUGAUGCAUCUUUCAACUGCUGCCUCAAGAAGCAAAAUGACUUGUGGAAUUGACUCUUCCAUCCUUCGUACAGUUUCACUAAGUUCAACUCCCUGGACUCCCACAAGAGUAACAGCAGCUCCUCUGAGAUCAAGUCCUGCAAUCUCACUAGAGAGAACUGCACGCUCCAUCUCUUCCAUUCUCCGCUUGACCGUAUCAACUUUUGCUAAUGUAGCUACAGAUUCAGCAGAUGAUCCCUCAGCCUGUGCAAAGGAAUCAAAUGGAUCCUGUGGAUGCCGUGACUGGCACGCUGAGUUUAUCCAUUUUUUCGGAUCAAAUUUCUCGUCGGAGAAGGAACUCAGAUCCACCAUCAUCGUUGCCGCCGAUCACUGGAUGGAAGAAACCGAAAGAAUUAAAAGCAGAGAAGAAGAAGAAGAAGAAAUAUGGAGCUGGGGAGCAGGAACAGAGGGACAAUUAGGAACAGGAGAACUCCAAGAUGAACACAAACCUCAACUCAUUCAUUCUCUUUCUUCUUUUGGUCCUAUUUCUCAUAUCUCUUGUGGUGGAGCUCAUGUCAUUGCCCUUACCCCUGGUGGAAGAGUGCUAACUUGGGGGAGAGGUACUUCAGGUCAGUUGGGACAUGGGGAGAUGGUUAACUGCUUACACCCAAAGUCAGUAGAGUAUUUGGAAGGUAUCUUCAUUACACAUGCUUCUGCUGGAUGGAAUCACUCAGGAUUUGUUUCAGAUACUGGUUACGUAUUCACUUGUGGAGAUGGUUCAUUUGGUCAGCUUGGGCAUGAGGAUUAUAUCUCAAGAUGUUCUCCUGCACAAGUGUUGCACUUCAAGGCUAGGCAUGUCGAGCAAAUUGCUUGUGGUAUGCGUCAUUCACUUGUAUUACUAAAAGGAGAUACAGAGGAUCUUAUAUACGGAUUUGGUUCCGGAAAACGUGGUCAACUUGGUAUAUCUGAUGACAAACUGAAGUCAGUUAGCACUCCUCAGGUUACUUUGGGUUUUGAAAAUGUCAAAAUCAGGAGUGUCACUGCAAAUGGAGAUCACAGCGCAGCAAUAUCCAUGAAUGGACAUUUAUAUAUAUGGGGAAGAUCAUUUCAUGGAGCCCCAGAUGUGUAUACUCCCCGCCGUGUUACUGCAGACUUAUUAUUCAGCCAAGUCGCUUUAGGGUGGAACCAUGCUCUUGUAUUGACAGGUGAUGGGGAAGUAUACAUGCUUGGCAGGUACAAUUAUAAUGUUCCUACCGGUGCUCAAAAAGCCAAUGGGAUGAAUCAUAUAUCUGAAGAUGAAGGUGUCCUGCAAAGAGUCCUCGACUUCAAUAGUACAAAGGUUGUCCAAAUUGGUGCAGGAGCUGAGCAUUCUGCCGUGGUAACAGAUGACGGAUCAGUAAUGACAUGGGGUUGGGGUGAACACGGUCAGCUUGGUUUAGGAGAUACAAACGAUCAAACUGGCCCUCGUGCUGUAAGUUUACGCAAUGAACCAUCCAGGAAACCAUGUGUUGGUAGAGUUUACUGUGGCAGUGGUUUUACAUUUGUUAUCAGGACGUAUACUGUGAAGUCCAGUUUCUAAUAUAGCAAUGUUCAGGAUUUGGAAUGUAAUUGUUCACUAUGUUGCUUAUCAAAAUAAUCAAUUGUUGCAAGCAAUGUCAAUCAAUGUACAAUCUCUGUAUGAAACAUUUCUCCUCUAAAAUUAGCAAUAAACCAGCUGAAUACAACAGCA